UGUCAAUCAGUCUGAUUUCUCAGAGGUUUUGUCCAAAAGUCCUAUCGACUGUCUGUGAUGUUAUUUCCCCCCUCUCCAUGGUUUUACAUGUUAUGCAGGAACAAUGUGUAGCCAAUAUGCAAAACGUCCCGGUAUGUAGGUGAGCAUGCAUGUUCCCCAUGACGCGCCAGACACCGUGAACGUGCUUCGGGCUGCUGUUACUAUAAUGCAAUGGCGGCGGUGCUGUGCACCAGAGAUGGAUGAGUUACCGGUUCAAAUCCGCUCGACGCAGACACCGUGGAUUAGGAAACACACCUCUGUCCAGAUCAACCGAAUUCGUAACUGUUUGGUGAUUUAGCCUCAACGUUACUUUAGGAAUGUGUCUAGCAGGGUUAGCUAACGAGCUAAUGCCAGUCUGUGCCAGGGUGAUGUAGGGCUUUUCCGCACAUCUGUCUGCAGUAGCCACCACCCGCCUGCUAACGUUACACCAGGCAACCGGCUGAACAUCACUCCGUCCCUCGACGGGGAGUCUCGGCCCACUCGGACCGGAACAUCAUGGCUGAGAGGAAUUCUACCGGAUUACUAAUGAUGUUGGAACCGAGCCCGGCUAUGGCCAUGUCACUGCCGGUGGAGGUCCGGGAGAAGCUGGCGGAGUUGGAGCUGGAACUGUCGGAAGGGGACAUCACACAGAAGGGAUAUGAGAAGAAGAGAGCCAAGCUGCUGGCCCCCUACAUCCCUCAGAUACAAGGUGUAGAACCAUCUCUGCAGAAGGAGAACAGGAUCCAGAUGUCUCAGGCUGCUCCACCAGGAUCCAAACACAACAAGUCUCGGGCCACCAACACGCGGGAUGAACGCUUCAGAUCUGACCUGCAUACAGAAGCCGUUCACGCUGCCUUGGCCAAGUACAAAGAGCGGAAGAUGCCAAUGCCCUCCAAGAGACGCUCUGUUCUAGUUCAGUCCUCUGUAGAGGCAUGCACUCCCCCAGACACGUCCUCGGCAUCAGAAGACGAGGGUUCACUGCGUCGUGCGGGCCGGAUGGUGUCCUCCACGCCGUACCAGAACCACCCGGCGCCGAACAUAGAACACUGGUUUAACAGAGUCAUCCAGGGCUCCUCCACCUCCUCCUCUGCAUCCUCCACCUCAUCCCAUCCUGGAGGGACUGUCCACGCUGCCGCCGCCGUGCUGGCUGACCUCAUGGCAUACACCCAGAUAGAUAACCACUCCGCCCCCCCAGACGUGACUGGCCUAUUGGAACACUCGCUGCAUGCGGACAGAGACAGACCCCCGGUGGCGUCGGUGAAGGUGGUCCCCAGGGGGUACAACCACUCCAGCAUCAUGGAAACCGCCGAUGGUGUCCCAGUGAACAGCAGAGUGUCCUCUAAGAUCCAGCAGCUUCUCAACACUCUGAAGAGACCUAAGAGACCGUCACUUAGAGAGUUCUUCAUUGAUGACUUCGAGGAGCUUGUAGAUGUUCAGCAGCCGGACCCUAACCAGCCCAAGGCGGAGGGGAACCAGAUGUCCCCUCUAGCAGGCGAGCCUCUGGGUGUAGUGACCAACUGGGCUCCCUCCCUGCUGGCCUCCCUCCAGCGCUGGGGCAUCACCCAGCCCAGGAGCCCCUGUCUCACUGCCCUGGACAACGCUGGUAAACCAGUGUACACUCUUACCUACGGCAAGCUGUGGACACGCAGCCAGAAACUGGCCUUCACGCUUCUGAACAAACUGAGCACUAGGAACGAGCCACUACUGCUGCCGGGAGAUAGAGUUGCUCUAGUGUUCCCCAACAGUGACCCUGUGAUGUUUAUGGUGGCAUUCUAUGGAUGUCUGCUGGCAGAGCUGAUCCCUGUGCCCAUUGAGGUGCCCCUCACCAGGAAGGAUGCAGGCAGCCAGCAGAUAGGUUUCCUGUUGGGCAGCUGUGGGGUGACUCUGGCUCUGACUACUGAUGCCUGUCAGAAGGGCUUGCCUAAAGCACAGACUGGAGAGGUGGUCACGUUUAAAGGCUGGCCACGGUUGCUGUGGUUCGUAACAGAUGGGAAGCAUGUUGUAAAGCCGCCCAAAGACUGGCACCCCACCAUCAGGGAAGCUAACAAUGAGAUUGCCUAUAUAGAGUACAAGACCAGUAAGGAGGGGAGCACAAUGGGUAUAACUGUCUCUCAUCCAGCUAUGCUAGCCCACUGUCACGCCCUCACACAGGCCUGUGGAUACACUGAGGCUGAGACCAUUUGCAACGUCCUGGACUUCAAGAGAGAUGCAGGCUUGUGGCACGGGGUUCUCACCAGUGUGAUGACCAGGAUGCACGUGAUCAGCAUCCCUUACUCCCUGAUGAAGGUCAACCCUCUCUCCUGGAUUCAGAAGGUCCACACUUACAAAGCACGCGUAGCUGUGGUGAAGUCCAGAGAUAUGCACUGGUCCCUGUUGGCCCAGAGAGACCAGAGAGACAUCAGCCUGAGCUCCCUGAGGAUGCUCAUUGUAACUGAUGGAGCUAACCCCUGGUCGAUAUCCUCGUGUGACGCCUUCCUGAACGUGUUCCAGGCACGUGGGCUACGUCCUGAAGUGAUCUGUCCAUGUGCCAGCUCUGCUGAGGGCAUGACGGUCGCCAUCCGAAGACCUCCGGAGUCGGGUGUCCCUCCACCAGGGAAGGCAGUUCUGUCCAUGAGUGGUCUGAGCCACAGUGUGAUCCGGGUAGACACCGAGGAGAAGCUCUCUGUCCUCACAGUGCAGGACGUGGGCCAGGUCAUGCCAGGCGCGCUGGUGUGUGUGGUACGUGUGGAGGGAACUCCGUAUCUCUGCCAGACAGAUGAGGUGGGGGAGAUCUGUGUGAGUUCUGGGAGCACCGGCGUGGCAUACUACGGCCUCCCGGGCAUGACCAAGAACACAUUCCAGACCAUCCCAGUAAGAGCGUCAGGAGGUCCCAUCAGUGGCAGACCCUUCACCAGGACGUCACUACUGGGCUUUGUAGGACCUGACAACCUAGUAUUUAUCGUGGGUAGAAUGGACGGGCUGAUGACGGUGUGUGGGCGGAGACACAACGCUGAUGAUGUGGUUGCCACGGCGCUGGCAGUGGAGCCCAUGAAGUUUGUCUACAGGGGGAGGAUAGCAGUGUUCUCCGUCUCGGUUCUCCAUGAUGAGCGUAUUGUAGUGGUGGCAGAACAGAGACCAGAUGCUUCAGAGGAGGGCAGCUUCCAGUGGAUGAGCCGCGUUCUACAGGCUAUAGACAGUAUUCACCAAGUGGGGGUGUACUGCCUAGCUCUGGUCCCUGCCAACACAAUGCCCAAGGCUCCGCUGGGGGGGAUCCAUAUCUCAGAGACCAAACAGAGGUUUCUGGAAGGAGCUCUCCACCCCUGCAACGUCCUCAUGUGUCCUCACAGCUGUGUUACCAACCUGCCCAAACCACGGCAGAAACAACCAGAGGUGGGUCCUGCCUCUAUGAUCGUGGGGAACCUGGUAGCAGGGAAGAGGAUUGCUCAGGCCUGUGGGAGAGACGUGGCUCAACUAGAGGACAAUGACCAGGCACGUAAGUUCCUUUACAUGCAGGAUGUUCUCCAGUGGAGAGCCCAGGCCACACCUGACCAUCCCCUGUUCCUGGUGCUCAACGCCAAGGGCACAGUGUCCAGCACUGCUUCCUGUCUGCAACUGCAAAAGCGGGCGGAGCGUGUUGCCAUGGCACUGAUAGAGAAGGGACGCCUCAACCCCGGAGAUCACGUAGCACUGGUUUACCCUCCAGGUAUUGACCUGAUCGCUACGUUCUAUGGGUGUCUGUACGCUGGCUGUGUUCCUGUCACCGUCAGACCCCCUCAUCCUCAGAACCUGGCCACCACCCUGCCCACCGUCAAGAUGAUUGUGGAGGUCAGUAAAUCGGUGUGUAUCCUGACCACCCAAGCAAUAAUGAAGCUGUUGAAGUCCAAAGAGGCUGCGGCUGCUGUGGACGUCAAGUCAUGGCCGAUGGUACUGGACACAGACGACCUCCCCAGGACGAAGAGGCUUCAGAUCUACAAACCUCCCACCCCAGAGAUGCUGGCAUACCUGGACUUCAGUGUGUCCACCAUGGGCAUCCUGGCUGGAGUCAAGAUGUCCCAUGCUGCCACCAGUGCCUUGUGUCGUUCCAUCAAGCUGCAGUGUGAGCUGUACCCGUCCCGCCAGAUAGCCAUCUGUCUGGACCCCUACUGCGGCCUGGGCUUCGCUCUCUGGUGCCUCAGCAGUGUAUACUCUGGCCACCAGUCGAUCCUGGUUCCUCCUCUAGAGUUGGACAGUAAUGUUUCUCUGUGGUUGUCAGCUGUCAGCCAGUAUAAAGUCAGAAUCACAUUCUGCUCCUACUCUGUCAUGGAGAUGUGUACCAAGGGCCUGGGGACACAGACUGAGACACUACGGUUGCGUAACAUAAACCUGUCGUGUGUUAGGACCUGUAUGGUUGUAGCAGAGGAGCGUCCUCGUAUCACUCUGACCCAGUCCUUCUCUAAGAUCUUUAAAGACCUGGGUUUGUCUCCUCGAGCCGUCAGCACCACCUUCGGCUGCAGGGUCAACAUGGCCGUCUGUCUGCAGGGUACGUCAGGACCAGACCCUACCACAGUCUACCUGGACAUGAGAGCUCUGAGACAUGAAAGGGUUCGUAUGGUAGAGAGAGGCUCUCCACACAGUUUGUCUCUCAUGGAGUCUGGCAAGAUCCUUCCUGGGGUGAAGGUGGUUAUCGCCAACACAGAGACCAAAGGACCUCUAGGAGACUCCCACCUGGGAGAGGUGUGGGUGAGCAGCCCCCACAAUGCAACAGGUUACUACACGGUGUAUGGAGAGGAUGCUCUGCAUGCGGACCACUUCAACACCAAGCUGAGCUUUGGAGACACGCAGACGGUCUGGGCCAGAACAGGAUACCUGGGUUUCCUACGACGCACUGAGCUCACCGACGCCAGCGGAGAACGUCAUGAUGCUCUCUAUGUGGUGGGGUCUCUGGAUGAGACAUUGGAGCUGAGAGGGAUGAGAUAUCAUCCUAUCGACAUCGAGACAUCCGUUAUCCGCUCACACAAGAGCAUCACUGAAUGUGCUGUGUUCACGUGGACCAACCUCCUGGUGGUAGUAGUGGAGCUGUCUGGGUCAGAGCAGGAGGCUCUGGACCUAGUUCCCCUGGUGACUAAUGUGGUUCUGGAGGACCACUACCUGAUAGUGGGUGUGGUGGUGGUGGUGGAUCCAGGGGUUAUACCUAUCAACUCAAGAGGAGAGAAACAGAGGAUGCACCUACGGGAUGGCUUCCUGGCUGACCAGCUGGACCCCAUUUAUGUGGCCUACAAUAUGUAAACAACAACAUGUCAACAAGAUGUAAACACCUGGACCCCGUCUAUGUAACAUGUAAACAAAGGAGGAGGAGGAGGGAGAGCCGCUCAGAGAAUGAGAAAUGGACUAUGGACCACACAGCAGAAAUGGACUAUGGACCACACAGCAGAAACCUCUUGGUGUCUCUUUCUCCCUGUUUGAGUCCCAGCAGAAUAGUGAUGGGUCUUGGUGGGGCUGUACAGUCAGAAUAGUGAUGGGUCUUGGAUGGGUCUUGGUGGGGCUGUACAGUCAGAAUAGUGAUGGUCUUGGUGGGGCUGUACAGUCAGAAUAGUGAUGGGUCUUGGUGGGGCUGUACAGUCAGAAUAGUGAUGGGUCUUGGAUGGGUCUUGGUGGGGCUGUACAGUCAGAAUAGUGAUGGGUCUUGGAUGGGUCUUGGUGGGGCUGUACAGUCAGAAUAGUGAUGGUCUUGGUGGGGCUGUACAGUCAGAAUAGUGAUGGGUCUUGGUGGGGCUGUACAGUCAGAAUAGUGAUGGUCUUGGUGGGGCUGUACAGUCAGAAUAGUGAUGGGUCUUGGUGGGGCUGUACAGUCAGAAUAGUGAUGGGUCUUGGUGGGGCUGUACAGUCAGAAUAGUGAUGGUCUUGGUGGGGCUGUACAGUCAGAAUAGUGAUGGGUCUUGGUGGGGCUGUACAGUCAGAAUAGUGAUGGUCUUGGUGGGGCUGUACAGUCAGAAUAGUGAUGGGUCUUGGUGCGGCUGUACAGUCAGAAUAGUGAUGGGUCUUGGAUGGGUCUUGGUGGGGCUGUACAGUCAGAAUAGUGAUGGGUCUUGGUGCGGCUGUGAAGUCAGAAUAGUGAUGGGCCUUGGAUGGGUCUUGGUGGGGCUGUACAGUCAGAAUAGUGAUGGUCUUGGUGGGGCUGUACAGUCAGAAUAGUGAUGGUCUUGGUGGGGCUGUACAGUCAGAAUAGUGAUGGGUCUUGGUGGGGCUGUACAGUCAGAAUAGUGAUGGGUCUUGGAUGGGUCUUGGUGGGGCUGUACAGUCAGAAUAGUGAUGGUCUUGGUGGGGCUGUACAGUCAGAAUAGUGAUGGUCUUGGUGGGGCUGUACAGUCAGAAUAGUGAUGGUCUUGGUGGGGCUGUACAGUCAGAAUAGUGAUGGGUCUUGGUGGGGCUGUACAGUCAGAAUAGUGAUGGUAUUGGUGGGGCUGUACAGUCAGAAUAGUGAUGGGUCUUGGUGCGGCUGUACAGUCAGAAUAGUGAUGGGUCUUGGUGGGGCUGUACAGUCAGAAUAGUGAUGGGUCUUGGUGGGGCUGUACAGUCAGAAUAGUGAUGGGUCUUGGAUGGGUCUUGGUGCGGCUGUACAGUCAGAAUAGUGAUGGGUCUUGGUGUUGCUGUACAGUCAGAAUAGUGAUGGGUCUUGGAUGGGUCUUGGUGGGGCUGUACAGUCAGAAUAGUGAUGGGUCUUGGUGGGGCUAUACAGUCAGAAUAGUGAUGGUCUUGGUGGGGCUGUACAGUCAGAAUAGUGAUGGGUCUUGGUGGGGCUGUACAGUCAGAAUAGUGAUGGGUCUUGGUGGGGCUGUACAGUCAGACCAGGAAGGCAAGGGACUAGAUGGGACUGGAGAAGCAGGCAGGGGACUGGAGGAGCAGGCAGGGGACUGGAGGAGCAGGCUAAUGCCAACACUGUGGAGGAGAUGGGAGGGACUGAUUGUUCAUUCCAGCUGGGUUCCUUUAACAAUGUUAUGUUACAAUUUUAUAUCAUACACUUAUUAGUACUUUAUGGUAUGAAGAGUUGAAGACACAUUUCAUGUCCUCCUUGGUCUCAGCAGUCCAUUCCAAAAAUAACUGUUGAAACAGUCCAAAACAGAGAACUUUAACGUAUAAAAUAUGUAAUAUAUUAUUCCAACACUAAUUGUUUCAGACUUCAUGUAAUCAGUUAAUACUCUGGCAAAGAACAUCAUUGGGAUUUAACAUGAUCAACUUGCCACAUGUUUUAAAUGAGGCCUUAAGUAUUCCCAGAUGCCUGUUCCUGUCUGAUUUUACUUGUGUUGAUGUGAGGCAGCUGGUUGGCUGAGGAGGUCAGGUUGAAUGAUUAGCCCUUGUGCACGUCCCAAUAUCUCCUGAAGUAUGCGCUUGUUCACUACUUCCCACAAAUCUAAAAGCAUUGUAUUGGUGGAGGCAUGGUCUACUGGGAGUUUCCACAAUAUUUGUUAUACCAGUCAUUUCCUUUCUAAUCAGUGGAGGGAUGUGAACACGUUCACACUUUAAACAUUUGGAGCAUAGCCCUUCUCUCUGUGUGGCUGCAACAUGAAUACUCUUUCAUUGUUUGUAUAUAGUGGAAUCUGGAGGUAUUUUUGCUGAAGAUAUUAUGAAUAAAAAGCUCACAGAUCACAUGGAGACAUGGGGUCUGAUGAGGGCCAGGCGGUGACAUUACAUGAUUCUCCUCUAAUGAGUGAGAGGUUGCAGUACAUGUUGUUCCUCUACCGUCAUCCAUCAUACCUGCUACGUAAAGACCACUCCUCUGUAUCCAUAGUGCAUCCUGUUGGCCCAGGCAACAGCCUGCUGUAAGCAUGUACAGAGUUAUGUAAGUUUAUAUUAUUGGGCCCCAGAUAGAGCCUCUUGCUCUGGGUACAUGGUUCAUGUGUGGGAAGAGACUGAAGAUGUUUCAGAUGAACCUCCAGACUAACCACAUAUUAACAUGUUACUGUCUGAAGACAACAUAACAAAAGGAAAGAAGCCUUGUAAUAUGUAUUGUAUGAACACUGAGGACUGGCUACUGCAGGGAGGCAACCUAGCAACACGCUGGGGACUGGCUACCACAGGGAGGCAACCAAGCAACACCCUGGGGACUGGCUACUGUAGGGAGGCAACCAAGCAACACCCUGGGGACUGGCUACUGCAGGGAGGCAACCAAGCAACACCCUGGGGACUGGCUACUGCAGGGAGGCAACCAAGCAACACCCUGGGGACUGGCUACUGCAGGAGGCAACCAAGCAACACCCUGGGGACUGGCUACUGCAGGGAGGCAACCAAGCAACACCCUGGGGACUGGCUACUGCAGGGAGGCAACCAAGCAACACCCUGGGAACUGGCUACUGCAGGGAGGCAAACCAAGCAACACCCUGGGGACUGGCUACUGCAGGGAGACAACCAAGUAACACCCUGGGAACUGGCUACUGCAGAGAGACAACCAAGCAACUUUCUGACAGACUGUUCUGAUGAAUGGUGAAAUCUGUCAUCCUGGAGAUAUUUUGAGGACAUUCUGUUUGUGUAAAGAUUCAUAUGUCUAUGGUUUGUUGUCAUUAUUUUCACAACAUGCUUUCUUAAUAAAUACAAUGCUUUUAUCACA